AGAGAGCGAGAAGAGAAGCGAGAAGAGAGAGCGAGAAGAGAGAGCGAGAAGAGAGAGCGAGAGCGAGAGCGAGAGCGAGAAGAGAGAGCGAGAAGAGAGAGCGAGAAGAGAGAGCGAGAAGAGAGCCGAGAAAGAGAGCGAGAGAGAGCGAGAGAGAGAGCGAGAAGAGAGCGA